UCACGUCAACCUUUUGCUUCAGAUGGGCCCGUCUUCCAGGAGACAGGGAAGGGAAAUAUCUGUGAUGGAGCCAGCUCAGAUGCCAGUAACCUUCGAGGAGGUGGCUGUGUAUUUCACCCAGGGGCAGGGGGCUCUGCUGGACCCCGCUCAGAGAGCCCUCUACAGGGACGUCAUGCAGGAGAACUACCAGAUGGUGACCUCGCUGGGAUUCCCCCUUCCCAAACCUGAGCUGAUUGCCCGGCUGGAACGAGGGGAAGAGCCGUGGGUGCCUGAUCUCUGGGACUCCAAGGAAAGAAGUCUUCCGAGAUUCACCCGUACAGCAGGUGCUGAGCGAGGGAGUGAGAAUGAGGAGGGGAAUCAUCAUGAGGAAGUUCCCGGGGAAGUGGAACUGCAGGGGUCCUUUGUUGGAAGAGGUGAAGGGAAUUUUUCCCAGUGCUUGGAGGAGGAAGAGGCCUGGGGAAACUGGCACAGGUCAGAAAGGCUUCUGGAAAACCAUCCAGGGAAGAGAAUGGAUGAAUCUAUUAAUGGCGGGAAAGGAGACAAGGAUCCCAGAGCACAGCAGACAAAUUCAAAGGAAAAGACACCCGGGCACUACCCUCAAUGUGGGAAACGAUUCAUUGUGAGAUCACAGCUUGUGACCCAUCAGACAAUCCAUACUGGAGAGAAACUCCUUCAAUGCUUGGAAGAUGGGGAAAGCUUCAAUAAUCUCUCAGAUCUUAAUAACCAUGGGAGCAGCCACACUGGAGAGGGAACCUGUCAAUCCCUCGAAUGGGGGAAAUGUAUCAUUUUGAAGACACAAAUAAUUAGACAUCAGGCAAUCCACACAGGAGAGAGACCCCACAAGUGCUUGGACUGUGGGAAAAGUUUCAAAAGAAGGUCACACCUAGUUCGUCAUCAGGCAAUCCACACAGGAGAAAGACCCCACAAGUGCUUGGACUGUGGGAAAAGUUUCAUAAGAAGGUCACACCUUGUUAAACAUCAUGCAUUACACACAGGGGUGAGACCACAUAAGUGCUUGGAUUGUGGGAAAAGUUUCAUACAAGGGUCAGACCUUGUUCAACAUCAGGAAAUCCACACAGGAGAAAGACCCCACAAGUGCAUGGACUGUGGGAAAAGUUUUAUAAGAAAGUCAAACCUUGCUAAUCAUCAGGCACUCCACACAGGAGAGAGACCCCAUAUGUGCUUGGACUGUGGGAAAAGUUUCAUACAAAGGUCAGACCUUGUUCAACAUCAGGCUAUCCACACAGGAGAAAGACCCCACAAGUGCUUGGACUGUGGGAAAAGUUUCGUACAGAGGUCACACCUAGUUCGCCAUCAGGCAUUACACACGGGAGAGCGACCCCACAGUUGCUUGGACUGUGGGAAAAGUUUCAUAAGGAGGUCGAACCUUGUUCAACAUCAGGCAGUCCACACAGGAGAGAGACCCCACAAGUGCUUGGACUGUGGGAAAAGUUUCAUACAAAGGUCACACCUUGUUCAACAUCAGGUAAUCCACACAGGAGUGAGACCCCACAAGUGCUUGGACUGUGGGAAAUGUUUCAAAGUGAGGUCACACCUAGUUCGCCAUCACGCUUUACACACAGGAGAGCGACCCCACAGGUGCUUGGACUGUGGGAAAAGUUUCAUUAGAAGAUCGAACCUUGUUCAACAUCAGGCAAUCCACACAGGAGCAAGACCCCACAAGUGCUUGGACUGUGGGAAAAGUUUCAUAUGGAGGUCUGACCUCAUUAAACAUGGAAGAAACCACACAGGAUCUAAACUUCUGUGACACAUGGCAAGAAAGGGUUAAGCAACUUGCAUGUAAUUGACUCAGGGUCAACAUUUAGAGAGAGAUUUUAGAAGUGUGUCCACUUUAGAUAAGCUAGAGUUUGAAAUGUAAAUGUGUAUUUUUGAAAACUUGGAAGAAGACGGCAAGUCACGUAUCAGUAACCUAAUUGCCUUCUAUGAUGAGAUAACUGGCUCUGUGGAUGAGGGAAAAGCAGUGGAUGUGUUAUUCCUUGAUUUUAGCAAAGCUUUUGAUAUGAUCUCCUACAGUAUUCUUGCCAGCAAGUUAAAGAAAUAUAGUCUGGAUGAAUGGACCAUAAAGUGGAUAGAAAGCUGGCUAGAUCGUCAGGCUCAACGCAUAGUGAUCAAUGGCUCCAUGUCUAGUUGGCACCCGGUAUCAAGUGGAGUGCCCCAGGGGUCGGUCCUGGGGCCGGUUUUGUUAAGUGUCUUCAUUAAUGAUGUAGAGGAUGACGUGGACUGCUCCCUCAUCAAGUUUGCAGAUGACACUAAACUGGGAGGAGUGGUAGAUAAGCUGGAGGGUAGGGAUAGGAUACAGAGGUACCUAGACAAAUUAGAGGAUUAAGCAAAAAUAAAUCUGAUGAGGUUCAACAAGGAUAAGUGCAGAGUCCUGCACUUAGGAUGAAAGAAUCCCAUUCACUGCACAGACUAGGGACCGAAUGGCUAGGUAGUAAUUCUGCAGAAAAGGACUUGGGGUUACAGUGGAUGAGUAGCUGGAUAUAAGUCAAUAGUGUGCGCUUGUUGCGAAUAAGGCUAACGGCAUUUUGGGCUGUACAAGUAGGGGCAUUGCCAGCAGAUCGAGGUACGUGAUCAUUCCCCUCUAUUCAACAUUGGUGAGGCUUCAUCUGUAAUAUAGUGUUCAGUUUUGGGCCCCACACUACAAGAAGGAUGUGGAAAAAUUGGAAAGAGUCCAGCAGAGGGCAACAAAAAUGAUUAGGGACCUAGAGCUCAUGGCUUAUGAGGAGAGGCUGAGAGAAUUGUUUAGUCUACAGAAGAGAAGAAUGAUGGGGUAUUUGGUAGCUGCGUUAAAGUACCUGAAAGGGGGUUCCAAAGAGGGUGGAUCUAGACUGUUCUCAAUGGUACCAGAUGACAGAACAAGGGGGAAUGGUCUGAAGUUGCAGUGGGGAAAGUUUAGGUUGGAUAUUAGGAAAAACGCUUUCACUAGGAGGUUGGUGAAGCACUGGAAUGGGUUACCUAGGGAGGUGGUGGAAUCUCCUUCCUUAGAGGUGUUUAAGGUCAGGCUUGACAAAGUCCUGUCUGGGAUGAUUUAGUUGGGGAUUGGUCCUGCUUUAAGCAGGGGGUUGGACUAGAUGACCUCUUGAGGUCUCUUCCAACCCUGAUAUUCUAUGAUUCUAAGAGGGGUAACUGUAGUAGUCUAUAUUUAGCUAUCCAAAGGGGUCCUGUAUUCUGUUAAUUCAGGGAUCAAUAAUUCAGUGAUUAUACCCAUCACCCAUGCCACCUGCCCAAUUUCAGAUCAGUCUCAUUGAAUUCGCUGGGGGUGGGGGCUGAAGGAUGGAGGGAAUGUUUAUAACUGAAAUCACCAAAAUGUGUUUUGUAAGGUUAAUGUUAAUCGGAUCUGUUCUGCUCUCCUUCUCAGAUAUUUUCUCUGAGAAUCCCGGAGAAAGAAAGGAGCAGGUGUUACCAUCUUGGCUACCAAUCCCCAUGGUAACUCUAUGCACUAGCAAUUUUCAAAGUGUGGACAGAGCCUCACAAUGGAGGCACAGGAAUGUGUCAAGGGAGGCAUGAUCAUUCUGGGUUGUUUGGUUUGUUUUAAAGAGCACUUGCUGUCGGCCCCAGUUGGCUGGGGCUCAUGAAGAAGGAACAGGCCUAGCUGGGAGUUGUGGAUCAAUGCUUAGGCUGUCAAACCCAGGUGGAGCAGCAACACAGAAGUAGGCGUGGCAAUACGGUGAUAAGUGUGCUGUGAACAACGAUAUUGAUCAAUAUCACUUUUCAUGUGGCCACCCUAAAUUCUGUGCUGCUAUUGGAGACCUUCAGAGCUGUGCACAUUGCCAGCAACUACUCUGCCUUGAGAGCUAGGUGGUGAUAUAUGUGCUUUUAAGGGUGGGGGCCUAUAUAACCACAGACACAAAAACCGGUUUAUUUACUCCACCUCUGACGAGGGGAGUAGCGCCGAAAUCGAUAUUGCCAUUUUGAAUUAGGGUUAGUGUGGAUGGAAUUCGACGGUAUUGGCCUCCGGGAGCUAUCCCAGAGUGCUUCAUUUUGACCGGUUUAGAGGGUCUUUUAAGUAAAAAAAAAAAAAGGGGGCUUUGUCGUGUGGACGUGUGCAGGCUUAAUUCAAUUUAACGCUGCUAAAUUUGACCUAAAUUCGUAGUGUAGACCAGGGCUAAGUAUUGGAAUAUCCAACAGCCAGAAUAUGUUUAUCACCCUGGACCUGGAACCAGUAACCCCUGAACUCAUCCAUGCGUGCUCCCAGAUCCUGAGUGUACACAAGGGACCUCUGCUGCAAAUGUAUCUCCUUCGCAGAGGCUAGUGAAGAUUAGAAGGAGAAAGCGGCGGACUCGGAAUGAGAUGUUCUCGGAGCUCCAGAUGUCCUCCCACGCUGACAGAGCACAGCAGAAUGCAUGGAGUCAGUCAAUGUCAGAGUGCAAAAAAGCACAAUAUGAACAAGAGGGGAGGUGGCAGGGUGAAUCGCGGGCCGAAGAGAGCAAGUGUCGGGCUGAAGAGGAUAGGUGGUGUCAGAUUGCUGACAGAAGGGACGAGUCGAUGCUCCAGCUGCUGGAGCAUCAAACUGAAAUGCUCCAGCAUAUGGUUGAGCUGCAAGAAAGGCAGCAGGAGCAGAGACCGCCGCUACAGCCCCUGUGUAACCAACAGCCCUCCUCCCCAAGUUCCAUAGCCUCCUCACCCAGACGCCCAAGAACACGGUGGGGGGCCUCCAGCCACUCAGCCACUCCACCCCAGAUGAUUACCCAAGCAUCAGAAGGCUGGCCUUCAAUAAGUGAUAAAGUUCUAAAGUUUUAAACUGCAGUGUGUCCUUGUCAUUCCCUCCUCCCCCACCCCACCGGGCGCUUUCUUCCUCCCCCACCCCUCCCGGGCUACCUUGGCAGUUAUCCCGCUAGUUGUGUGAUGAAUUAAUAAAGAAUGCAUGAAUGUGAA